GCGGGGAAGGCCGGGUCCGGAAAGGAGGGCGGCGCGUGCGGAGGGCGGAGCCGCGAGGAAGAUGGCGGACGACAAGGACUCUCUGCCAAAGCUGAAAGAUCUUGCUUUUUUGAAGGAUCAAUUGGAAAGCUUGAAACGAAGAGUUGAAAAUGAGGUACAGGCUGGAGUAGGACAGGAAGGCUCUUUGCUGGCAUCCCCAUUUCUCAAAGGGUUUCUUGCUGGCUAUGUUGUAGCCAAACUCAGAUCGUCAGCAGUCCUUGGAUUUUUAGUGGGGACUUGUACUGGUGUGUAUGCUGCUCAAACCUAUGCAGUUCCUGAUGUGGAAAAGACAGUCAAAGACUAUUUCAGUUCAUUCAGGAAAGGACCAGACUAGAAUAUAGUAUCUCAUGUAGCAAUACACUCCAGAAAACCCCUCUUAUAUUCGGAUUUCUAAACAAUGUAAACUCAAUUUAGGUCAGAAAUGACUCCUCCUGCUCCCCUUUCACCAGUCAUAUCAAUCGGAAGUGUUUUUAUAUUGGACGAGAUGAAAUUUCAGCAGGUCUGAUUGUAAGUAUUCUCAGACAUUCAAUCAUGAAAAGUCUUGGUUGCUGCUCUUCACCCAUUCUGGGAUUAGAUGGCUUCACACUAUCAACUCGCCGGCUGCAUUUCUUAUGUGAUGGGAUUCUCAUUCUGAGGGAACACAGAGCAACCGCUGGGUCAUCAUGCCUGCCAGCUUUAAACUGGAACCCACCCCAUAUCCUUUCAUUUACCCAGAAAAUGUGGCUUGAGUGGUUCACAUUGUCCAGACUUUUUCUUAAUCAUGCAUACAUAUUAUACUGACAUGUGAAUCUCAUCACAAACGUGUCAUAUUGCUCUGAUUCAUUGGAUUCUUCUGCCUUUCCAUGAGUAUGACAUU